AUGGCAUUCACCACUCACUCUUUCGCCCGCGAGUUCACCGUCGCCGCUCACUUCUUCGCCCGCGAGAUCGUCGUCGACCGUUCCAAAUCCCUAUCUGUCGCAUUUAGCAGCUCUUGUACGAAGUUGUCUCAGACAUGGAAAAUCCAUGAGAGAACUUUGGUAUGUGCAGUAGGCGAAAAUGCAGACAGUCGAAGUAGAUUUGCUGAUAGAAGCACCAGGGGAAGCAAGUCCAAUAGAAGUUGCGUCAUCUCCAAUUUUGUCUCCACUCACCAUGAGAUGCUCGCCAGACAGCUAAACGAUCGCGCCAAGAAACGCAGUGAAGUAUUUCGUAUUGUUGUACUCCUGGUGAAGAUCAACUCAUGGCCUCAACUGCAUCUCCCCAGCAAGAAAGUGAUGUUACUACUACACCCACUCGAUCUGGAAACUUUGGUCAAUUUCCAGUUGGUAGGAUCCUAUGAACCAACUUUGGUCAAUUUCAUGGCUGUGAAGGCCAAUUUCGGAGAGAUAUAUGUUCACGUCAUGUUGAGGCAAGAAGCUAGAGAAAACAGUUUGGAAGAUGCAUUCUAUUCCUACAUCAAAAAUCACAAUAAGGUCCUGCAUAGGGGAGCUGUGGAAUAG